CCCUGAGAGCACCCUAACCAGCAGCGGCUGAGCCAUGGCUGAGGGGGAAGUCACCACGUUCACGGCCCUGACCGAGAGGUUCAAUCUGCCUCUGGAGAACUACAAGAAGCCCAAGCUUCUCUACUGCAGCAACGGGGGCCACUUCCUGCGGAUCCUCCCAGACGGCACCGUGGACGGGACGAGGGACAGGAGCGACCAGCACAGUAAGCACCCAGGCAUCCUUCUGGGAGCCCCUCCCCUUUCUGGUGUCUUCCUUAGUCAAGG